AUGGGUGCGGAGGAUGGCGCAAACAAUUCCAAUCAGGGGUCUGAUAUCCUCUUCCGGGGAAAGAAAUUCUGGUUAUCACAGAAUAUCCCGCAGAAAAGUAGGUUCAAGGAACUCAUUACGGAACACGGCGGAAUUGUGAAACUACAAGACAAAGACGCAGACGUCAAGUUAGUCGAUCAUAAGAGGAAGAACCUCCCUUCGGAUACCUACUCAUACAAAUAUAUCGAAGACUCCAUCCGCAACAAACGGCUAGCAAGACUAGAAGACUACCACGCUGGUCCAUCACCUCAACGUCCUGUGGGAGCAACCUAUAUCCCAAGCAGGGGUGUCAAGGUUAUUUAUUCCAUGGAAGAUGACCAGCUGCUUUGGGACUAUGUCCAGCAAUUUGAGGGAAAGACUGGAGUUGCUAUCGGUGGGAAUAAGAUUUAUCAGGAUUUGGCAGCGAAAAACCCUAGACAUACUUGGCAGUCGUAUCGUGAUCGAUACUUGAAGAGAUUACGGGGCCAGCCUCGACCCGGUGGUAUGGAGGGGUCUGCAGCUCAGACAUCAGACUCAGGGCCUAGUUCGUCGGUUCCUCCUCGGGAUCCAAAGCCUGCCAGAAGUCAUCGACAGUCACCAGCUUCGACUACAGGUCGGGUUCCAAUAGUCUAUGAGAUCGGGGUCGACAAAGCUUUUUCAAGAGCUCCUAGUAUGAAUGCAGAAGAACGACCUUGGCAGAGGAUAGACCCAGUUGCGAACAACCCCGAUGAUCGAAAACGGAAAAGGUCAUCUAAUGCUGAACAUACUGAUCGUUCUCAAUCCAGACAGCAAGAAUCACCAGAGCAGAAGAGAAGAAGGGCCCCAGAGCCUGCGGCACGAGAAAUCUGGACACCACAAACAACCCACCAAGCUGAAACCACAGAGUACCGUAAUGACAAAGAACCAGAACGAGAACAACAGAACCAGUCCGAACAACCCGAAAACGAAGUCGAUAGCCUAUUCCUAGAACUCCCCUUCUUCCCCGCAACCCCAACCCCAGAACCCGAAGAGGAACAAAGCUUACAACCUGACAUCGACGACUGGAUCGAUGAUCACAUACACAGCGGCAGAGCAAAGAACGAUGCACAGGUGAUCGAAGCCCUGCGCUUCACGAGCAUGGAUCCAGGCCUAGCCGAUACGAUUCUGGAUAAUCUGGUCGCUGGAAAGGGGAUACCGGAUGAUAUGCCAGGGGUAUGGACACCAGAAGAUGAUAGGUGCUUGGAAGGUGCUAAUGCCCGGGAUAUCGAACGCGUGCUGAAGAAACAUGGAACGGAGUAUUUCAAUGUUAGAUGGGAAUACCUUGGUUUGGCGAGGGAUGCAGGGCUUGAGGAUCCUGGUGAUCAAUGA